UUUUAGUCACCUCUCUAUGAUAGCCGGCUUGUAUAUUAUUGCUACGUCGUUUAUAUUAUUGACAGCAUGGUCGUAGAUUUAGCGUUGUUACGACUAAAACACUCCAUUGUAGAUGGCCCUUAAGUAGUAUUUUUCUUUCUAUACUCUAUAGCGAGCCGCCAAUUUCCAUUGUUUCUAUUGCGAUGCUCGGUCCAUUCUUUAUAGAAAAACUUUGUUCAAAUUUUUGAACAUUGUUGAUAUAAUCAAUCGCGUUUUAUAUUUGUAUUAUUGUGUUGAUGCAUUGUUUAUUUUUGCAUUUCUUCUUAAAUUACUUAAUCAUCUUACCAAGAAUUUUGUAGAUUGGUCAAAAUGCCCUAUCUAACCUGAGGGUUAGAGGGCAAGAACUAUUAAACUUUCAAGUCAAUUUUAUGUUGAUGGUUCUAUAUUUUACAAGUACGGUAAAGAGUACGAUCAGAUUUUACAAAAUACUGAUGUACAAUCGAAGAGAAAGGAAAUAAUACGAAACACCAACUAUUUAUUAUAUAUAAGGCAAUAAUGUCGAAGCAGAUUAAAGAACUGGAAUUGAAUAAGUAUAUUUUGUCUCGAUUAUGGUACACAUCUCUAAACAUUUUCCACAUAAACGAUAGCAAUUUUUUAAAGGAAUUUCAUUACAAUUGCCAUGUCGACUUAAUGGAAUUGAAAACUAUAAUUGAAAACUUAAUACAUUCUCCAAAUGAGGAACAAUAUCAAUGGAUCGCCUAUGUAUUGCUAUGGAAACUUAUAAAUGGCAAGUCGUUUAAUGUCGACUGUGAUAUACAGUGCAAUAUUCAAACACAUCUUGAUUGUAUACAAAUGAAAAGUGCAAUAGAGCUAUGUGACAAUGUAACAGACUGUUUAUAUAAGGAAUUGUUAGUAUUUCUUCAGAAAACUAGCAUGGAAUGUAAAAGAAAAUACACUUCAAAUAUUAUAUUUCAACAAAUUCUUAUAUUCCUAAAAAAUAACAUACUUAUCAAUGCAGAGAUUGUGUGCUGGAUUAUAAACAAAUUAAUAUCUGUGAUUCCAAAUGCACAUGACAUUGCUAGUAAUCUACAGGAUAUUUAUUUUUUUACUUUGAAGUCGUGUUUAGCAUACAUUCCAGCUGGAAGAAACUGGUACAAAAAUCAUACAGUGAGUGAUUCUUCUGAAACUGAUUCAACUAUCUGUGAUGAUUAUCUACGAACUGCUCUACAACUUUUGUCAAAAGUAGACAUAAAUGCGAAUGCGCAAAUUGAAUUUCUACGAACAGUUUAUCCUACUCUUUCGAAAUUAUAUUAUAUUAAUGAUAUUGAAUUUGCAUUAUAUUCGAAGAAAAAUGAGAAUUUGUUGUGCGAAUGGCUUUCACUUUGGGAUAACACACAUGCGUGUUUCGAAAGCGCCACUACUUCGCUUGCGGCAUAUAAAAUAAGUGAAAAUAUAUUUAAACUAACAGAAAGCUGUGAAAUGUUUCUGUGCAAACGGGAAUUACUUAAAGGAACAAGUGAAAAAAAAUUACAUUGGUUGAAUAAUAUUUUGGAUAUAUGUUACACCUUAACAACAAAUGGGAACUACAGCGAAGUCGAAUUAUUGUUAUCGUGCGAUUUGUUAAAAAGAUUAUAUCCAGUGUUAUUGUUUAAAACAUUAAACGAUUGUCUGCAAGAGAUAAUGAAUAUCAGCGAAAAUUAUGACAAUGAUAUUUCAAUCUGCAAAUCUAUUGACUUUCUCUUGGAGAAAUGUUAUCCUGAUCUAUGCAAUGACUAUGAUUUAAACAGAUUGUACAUGCUUUUAAAAAGCCACAUUAGAAUCGCGAUAUACAUUCUACAGUGGAAGAAAAGUCAUUUUACAAAUACGAAAUUAGAUAAAGAAGCAAAAAAUUUACAUUUUGAUGCAAUCAAACAGACAGUAUCCGUGAAACAGAUUUUGUUCCUUUUGCAAAAACACAAUGUACUUUUCGUCCUGAAAUUCAUGACGAAUAUACACGAUCAGAAUCACAGUGACAUCCAGGAUUUAUUGGAAGAGACCACUCCAAGUCAAUCCGCGAGCUUCCAAGCGUAUUGCUGCUUAAUAAGCGCUUUAAAAGCUGUUUUCUUAUGUGAAUCUUAUAACACGGAAUACAGACAAAUUACUAAAUACUUUACUAGUAUGGUAUCACAAUUGUCCUCCUUGUUUCCAUUGUCAUUAAGGAUAGAAACGAUGGAGAAUAUAUUUUCCUUGUUAUUUUUACGUUACGAAGAUCUCAACGCUACGAAUGCCAGUUUCAAAGAUGAUUGCAAUAUUUAUUCGAUGGAAUAUGAGAGAUUAGGCUUCGUAACUAAUAAUUACGUAAUGAGAGAUAUGCUGUAUUAUUUAUGGAAGAGUAUUUCGAUUACAAAAGAAGAAAUUGAUGAAUUACAAGUGCUUGAGCCACACGAAGAAACGCAACAACUUCACAAAAACAUAUCUACUCUUAUGUCGGCAUUAACAGACACUGUUUGGAGACUAAAAUUCUAUAUGGGACCUCAUUAUAUUGAAGAUGUUGGUAUUCCGCAGGAGGAGGCUGACACUUCUGUUGUAAAUCAAUCGGAACAUGCAGUUUCUCGAAAACCGAGCAUCAACCGAAUAGUCCCGCAUUGUAUCAAAGACACAUUUUUUUAUAAAAGAGACAAUACCUCGGACGAGAUUAAAUUUAAAUCUGACAGCAGCUCGGAAUCUAGUUUGGGCGAUAAUAAACGCAGAAAACGUUUUAGGCACACUGUGCCAAUGGCAAAUUAUAAUUUGACAACGCAAAAUAGAUUGUCCUUAAUAAAUUUAAUGCUGGCCUCGACGGAAAGUCUAAUCUUGCACUGUUUGUGGAAGGGUGAUUUUCAGAAGGCGCAAGAAGUAAUCGAGAUGUUCCACAUGGAAAAUACACAAUUAGAUGGUGAAGUUCGAUUUUCGGAAGCACUUUACAUAUUCAAACGGAAUAUAAAUAAGCACCUUUAUACCUUAAGUACAACAGAUUCUUCUAAAGAAUGCUCAACAAUUUCCACACUAGAGACUAUAAAAUUUGCCGCACAAGAAGGCGUACAGUCCUCCAAAUAUGUCAAUCAACUCGAAACAUUUUUGGCUUCUCAACAAGUACAUUUACGAAUGUUGGACACAAAUAUUCUACAUAGCAACGAGAUAUUAACUCUUAGUGUGUUGGAUCUAAGCUUGACUGUAAGCCAAACCUAUCAUGUUUCGAGUAAUCUGUGCAAUGUUGCGAUGAAGUAUCUGAAGCUCUGCAAAACGUUUGACAGCACGGGAUACUCAAAUUUUUUUUUAAGGAUUUGUCAAUUGUUUUAUGAAAAUAGACAUAAUAUUUCCGUGAACACUAUACUGUGUGACGCCAGAAUUCCAUUGUACAUUCAAGAAUGGGAAGAGUAUGAUGCCGUUUGGAACGACUUUGAGAAUAAUUAUCGCACAUGGUACGAUCUCGAGAGAAUAGAGAUUGAGGCGCAAUCUCGCAACAAUAAUUAUGUUACAGGAUUAAAAACAAUAGAAAGAAUGUUUGAUAUUUUUAAUAGCAAGAAAUAUCUUUACAACAUCUAUUCUUAUCUGCGACUUAUAUCCACUAUUAUCCCAGACAACAUCAAUAUACAAACAGUGUCCGAUUUAUUGAAGACGUCGCUACAUUAUUAUUUUGGAUAUCAGAUAUUUGAUUUGAACACGGAACUGGAUCAGUUUGAAGAGGUUGCUUCUAGUUUGCAAGUGAAUUUAAUAGACAGCAUCCUUGUAAACGCAUGUCCAAAUAUUCCUUGUUACAAUAAAAAGAACUAUAGUAGCAUCAAAGAUUCCGAAUGCAUUAUAUUGAAUAAAGAUGAAUCGGGUAUAAAAAAUGUCAUGGUUAAAAGGCCAAAUCAAUGUGCCUCAGAAAUAUUGACAGAGCUACUGCAGGUUCUGCACAAUAUAAGUUCAGGACGGUCUCAUCUGGAUAAUUCAUAUUUAAGGAGUAUUUCCGAUCAUGCAGAUGUACGAAUAAUUCUAAGUAAGACGUCGAAUCUUGCUAGUCUCGAUCUUAGCGAAUUAUCAGUAGGAGACGAAACGCUGACAUUUUUUCUAAAUGUUUGGAACAUCAUGUUCCUUCAUGCGAGUCUGGAUGUGUGGUCUAGGGAUCCACCGUUCGAAAGUUUGAGACACGCGAUCUCGCUGAUGUCUAUUGGCUAUAUGAUUGGUGAUCUGGGUCUGGUGACUCUCGCCGCGCUCCGAUCGAAAUUACUGGACAGCUUCGAGAACGAUUCUAAACUUUUCAUCCGAGUGGAGGAGAUCAACGAAUUAGCAUGGCAGGAUUUAGACCUUGUGCAAAAUCCGGCAAUUAUUUUCGCUAUGGCCAACGAGUUUUACGACACGCCUGAAAUUCGUGUAUACGAGGCACAGACGUUAAACAACGCGUUGAAUGACUCAGCUCGCGAUUAUAUCGCAUACUACUCAUCGGUAUCAUCUAACGAUUUUGUAGAUGGAUCAAGACGAAAGAUCAAUUUUCCUGAUUUUGUGAUGCCGUAUCAAGACACAUUUUUACAAAAUACUGAUGUCAGCGCUACAAAUGCCAACAGAAGUUUGCUUUUAAUGGUCGGCUUUGAACAAUUAAAUGGAAAUUUGGACGUGAAAUAUACGACACCCAAUUAUAUGUACAAAGUGAUACUAAAAUAUUUUGAGCACAGUGUACCCAGCAUCAUAACCACGGAUGUCGUGCAGACAUCUAUCUGGCAGACUCGGACGCUGAGAUCCAGUUUACUACAAUAUCUAGAAAGACACUGUUGGUUCCUUUCUUAUCUUAUACAGAGAAUGUACAACGAGAACUCAAAUAUCUUGGAGAACAAUUAUGAUAAUCUAGAACGUAUUGCAUGCCUUGAGAACCUGUUGAAUUCCUCAUGGAUCGAUGAGCUGAAAAUGUUGUAUAACAACAAUCGAACUCUUGUAGCUGUUCACGACAGCGUGUCCACGCAUGAAUUGUGGCGUCACUUUGAGCUCAAAAGAAAUUACAAUUGGCAGAAUUUCUUACAGAUACUAAAUGCGCUGGCAGAUAGUGUCAUGAAGUGCAACACGGAACUGCAGCGCUUUAAAGAUUUAAUUUUGAGUCAGACACUCUCCAAUUUAAGUGUCCUGUCUGUCACCCAAAUGCUGCAAAAUUUGUACCAAAUCAAAGAUAUACACAUACUAGCGCAAACAAUAUUGCACAACAUCAACAAGUGGCCUAUGAUUUUGUGUGAGCACGCCUUGAAUCACGUGUUGCGGCACGAGUACCAUCACAAACUGCCGACGCACUGCAGACACCGUAUGAGCGGUAUCCUGCGCAGGAUAACGAUUUUCCACAAGAUGAUUCCAUACUGCAUAAACAGAUCGAAUAGCAUGUGGUACGAUAUUAUGUACUGCACAGAAAAGAUCGAUUCAUUCGAAAUUAUGAAAUCCCUAAUUGACGUUGAACAGUACGAGUUGUGUUUGGAAUGGUUGGAGUGUCAGGCGUUCUCCCUGGAGAUGCAAAUCCCUGUGAUUCAAGACAUUUUGAUCGGCCUCUUGAAGAAUGAACGGCAAGAUUUCAAGCAAGCUUUAAAGUUUCUUCAAGCGUUACCGCCGAGCCAAUCGAUAAAGAUAUGUAAAGGAGUUCUCAAAAAAUUAGAAUCUACUAAUACAUUACAGUUUAUUGUCGACUAUUUAUUGGGCCACUGCAAAACGGUAGAACAACCAAAAUAUCGGAAGACCUUGGUAGGACUGGAAAUUCUGAAGAUUUUGGAAGACAAGGACAGAGCAUUAUACGUUCAUUUGAUAAAGGAACCAUUACUGAUGUUGGAACAAUUAUUAAUGAAUUGCAAAUUUGAAAAUAUCCAAAAGAUCUUGAAUACAUUGUACGAGGAUUUGAAACAUCCCGAUAUAGACGUCAGUAAUUUUGACAAAGUUGUAAGGUUUUAUGCCAAAAAGUCGUUAGACUUUCGUGUGUCACUUCAACGUGACGGUAUUGAAAAUAAAACCAAAAAUAUUUUACAGUCUAAUUUUGAAGCGGAAAAUAACGAUUUUGUUAUGCCUCUUAACGUACCCACGAAAGAGGAAUGGAUCCCGAAUGACAGGGCGAAAGAAUGCGGUUGCUGCAAAGCUGUGAGAUUUUCAAUGUUUAACAGACGGCAUCACUGUCGACGAUGCGGUCGUGUUGUUUGCGCCAUGUGUUCCCAACAUCGCAUGCAAGUUGCUGGUUAUCCCAGUUUCGUAUUGGUACGUGUGUGCGAGGAUUGUAAGCAUCAAACGGUGUUGCAAAUGCGUGCGGUGCAAAGUGUCCCAUCGACAUCCAGCAGCGAACUAUUUGAUUAUUGGCGAUUAACGAGAGACGAGAAACACAAUCAUACCAUAAGAGAAGAGUUUUCAUUUGAGCACGCGCCAAAUAUUUCUCUGUGUCUUGCUAUUCUUAAUUUGCACUGUGAUCCAAAGAUAUAUACCAGUUUUCUACUAGACCGUUGCGAUGAAAUGAAGCAACUACUUCAACCCGAUAGCGGCGGUAGGAUAAAUCCCGAGGUCGACCACGCCGUGAUUAUCAAGAUGAUACGUUCCCUGCUACUUGCGGCCAAGAUGAAAUGCGCAAAAUUCGGUUUCAACACCGGCCUAGCGCAUUGCGAUCGAUUCCUGUCACAGGUAGAUUUACUUGCGACUCUAGUCCAAUCUGAUUGUGUAGCACUUAUACCGACAGAUGAUCUGGACGAGCAUGCACUGAGAAAACUACGCGAUCUUCUCACCGAGAAGGAGCGUUGGACAUUAGCAUUGGAUGUCAGUACGAAGGCGGGACUCGACACGCAGGGUGUGUGGGCCGCGUGGGGAAAGGCUUGCUUAAAGGUGGGACACUUGGAUCAGGCGAGGGAGAAGUUCCAUCACUGCCUUGACAAAAUUGUGCACGAGGAUGUCGACGAUUGGGUCGUGUUAUCCUAUCUUAAGGAAAGUCCAGUUGAAAGCUUUAAAGGAGAGUUAACAGAAAUGAGGGAGAAAAAAGUGUGCGGCUAUUCAAAGAGGAGCGAGUAUUCCAAGUACCGACCGUUGAAAGAUCCACCAUUGCUAACGGAAAUCCUACAGAUAUUGGAUACCUUGAGCAUGCACCGAUCUCGCACACAGCAUUUAAACUUGCAGCCUAAGUCCGACACAGCGCAGGAAAUUCUGCAGACGCUUAACAGCUUGAUAGCUGUCAGCCAGAAUCAGUUCAACAUUAAAUAUCUGACACUCGCCAAUCAAACAAUUUAUUAUCAGGAGAGUCUGUACUAUUUGCUGGCGUACGGAAGCUGUAUUUCCAUUUUGCAGUUUUUUUUGAGACACAGAGAAUUCAACAAGUGCGUAGCGUACGUCUUAGACAACGACAUAGAAUGUGAUCUGUUUCUCAAUGGAGUCUACUUGCACUGUCUGAAGAAUGGACACAUUGAGAAACUUCACGAUGCAAUGAGGACGAGAGAUCUCACGUUGGCCGUUUGGAAGAAGUACCUGAUAUCCGUGUGUCACUUCAUGGAGAGAAAACAGUAUUGGCAUAUUUUGUAUCAGAUACAGCUCUUUAUGCGGGAUUGUGUGAGAGCGUCUAUCACAUGCAUCCGUUUCUAUACCGAGGAGGCGAACACCUAUUCGGAUCUGCACAAUAGGGCGCAUCUAUUACAUGACGCUCAGAAGCAUCUAGAAUCGGAACUGCAGCUGGAAAACUUAACUAAAAGAAGGAAGAACAUAAAUUCUGUCUUGAGUGGUCACAGCAGCCAAAACUCUUUAAUGAUAGAGAUGGAACCUUCGGAAAUAGAUAGACAUAUAAACACUGUAUGCAGACAGACGGAAAUCGUCAAGUUCCUGGCAAACUGCGAAAAAGAAGGAAGAGUCUCGGCUGAAUUUUUAAAUCUUUUUCCGGUUGUUGAUAACGAUAACUCUCAGUCUCUUCAAUUGCCUACAUUAUUUGGUAAUCAACAGCAGAAAAUACACUUGGCCGUUUUAGCUAUAUUGUGUGGCCGUGAUAUUGGAGAAGGAUUUGGUAUAGCUUUCAGGAUAAUGCAAGAUUAUAAUCUUCCACAACAGAAGGUGUAUUCUUUAGCCGGCCAUGUAUUAGCUUUAAAAGAUAAUGUAGCCGCAAUCAAACAAUUGAUCAAAUGUUGCCGCAGCUCUGGAGCGCCCAAUGUCACCGUCAUUUCUGAUUAUGUUUUGACACACUGUGUAAAAUUAUUGUUGACUCAUUCGUACACCGAACAAAACUCAGCACUCAAGAAUGAUAUAGAUACUUUAAUCAGAUUGAUAAUCGACACGGAACUUAGAAUAAAUGCAUAUAUUGAAAGUAAACAACUGAAGGCUGCAUAUCUGCUCGCGGUUAAGCAUUCCAGGGCCCAAGAUAUACGGAGAAUCUUAAAAGAGUCAGAUAGACUUGGUCAAAGUGCAAUUAAAGCGAUAUGCUUGAAGUGGUUACAACAAGAACCAAAAGGUUAAACAUUCGCAUCUAUUCUGAUAGAAAAAAUUGAGACUACAAUAAUAUAUAUAAAAAAUUGCCAAUAAAAAAUUCAAGAUUUAAAAGUCUGAUACUUGAUGAGUGUACACGUGAGCGGUCGCGAAUACGAUCGCUCGAACUUAUAGCCGGAUCAGCUCAGAGCUGAGCGCGAAGUGCACAUUAUGCAAAUCCGUAGAUUUGCUGGAGGGACAGACGAGCACAAAAUAAA